AUGGCGGUCCACGGUGCUGGGGAUCAGAAUUUAUUUACUUCUAUUUAUCCAACGCUUUCCCAGCAGCUUCCGAGGGAACCGAUGGAAUGGAGAAGGUCCUAUGGCCGUGCUCCAAAGAUGAUUCACCUGGAAUCCAACUUCGUUCAAUUCAAAGAGGAGCUGCUACCCAAAGAUGGAAACAAAGCUCUGCUCACUUUCCCCUUUCUUCAUAUUUAUUGGACGGAAUGCUGUGAUACCGAAGUGUAUAAAGCUACGGUAAAAGACGACCUUACCAAAUGGCAGAAUGUUCUGAAAGCUCAUAGCUCUGUGGACUGGCUCAUAGUGGUAGUUGAAAAUGAUGCCAAGAAAAAAAACAAAACCAACAUCCUUCCCCGAACUUCUAUUGUGGACAAAAUAAGAAAUGAUUUUUGUAAUAAACAGAGUGACAGGUGUGUCGUGCUCUCCGACCCCUUGAAGGACUCUUCUCGAACUCAGGAAUCCUGGAAUGCCUUCCUGACCAAACUCAGGACCUCACUUCUUAUGUCUUUUACCAAAAACUUGGGCAAGUUUGAGGACGACAUGAGGACGUUGAGGGAGAAGAGGACGGAGCCAGGCUGGAGCUUCUGUGACUAUUUCAUGGUCCAGGAGGAACUGGCCUUUGUAUUUGAGAUGCUGCAGCAAUUUGAAGAUGCCCUCGUACAGUAUGAUGAACUGGACGCCCUGUUUUCUCAGUACGUCGUCAACUUUGGUGCUGGGGAUGGUGCCAACUGGCUGACUUUUUUCUGCCAGCCGGUGAAGAGCUGGAACGGACUGAUCCUCCGAAAGCCCAUAGACAUGGAGAAGCGGGAGUUGAUACAGAGGCAGGAAGCCACCCUGUUGGACCUGCGCAGUUACCUGUUCUCUCGCCAGUGCACCUUGCUCCUCUUCCUGCAGAGGCCGUGGGAGGUGGCCCAGCGCGCCCUGGAGCUGCUGCACGGCUGCGUGCAGGAGCUGAAGCUCCUGGAAGUCUCUGUCCCGCCUGGCGCUCUGGACUGCUGGGUGUUCCUGAGCUGUCUGGAGGUGCUGCAGAGGAUAGAAGGUUGUUGUGACCGGGCACAGAUAGACUCGAACAUUGCCCACACUGUGGGCUUAUGGAGCUAUGCCACCGAGAAGCUAAAGUCCUUGGGCUAUCUGUGCGGACUUGUGUCGGAAAAAGGACCUAACUCAGAGGACCUCAACAGGACAGUUGACCUUCUGGCAGGUUUGGGAGCUGAGCGACCCGAAACAGCCAACACAGCUCAGAGUCCUUAUAAGAAGCUCAAAGAAGCAUUAUCAUCAGUAGAAGCUUUUGAAAAACACUACUUAGAUCUGUCGCACGCGGCCAUCGAAAUGCACACGAGCAUCGGAAGGCUCCGGUCUGCUAAGUUUGUUGGGAAGGACCUGGCAGAGUUUUACAUGAGGAAAAAGUCUCCACAGAAGGCGGAAGUGUACCUUCAGGGAGCACUGAAGAACUACCUGGCUGAGGGCUGGGCGCUGCCCAUCACUCACACGAGGAAGCAACUCGCCGAGUGUCAGAAACACCUUGGACAGACCGAAAACUACCUUCAGACCAGUAGCCUUUUGGCCAGCGAUCACCACCUGACUGAGGACGAACGGAAGCACUUCUGCCGGGAGAUACUCAGCUUUGCCAGCCGACAGACGGACAGCCCAGGUCAGAAAAUAGUGCUCCCUCUGCACUGUUUUGCACAGCUGAGAGACCUCCAUUUUACCCCUUCCAACGCCGUGGUCCACGUGGGGGGGGUUCUGUCCGUGGAGAUCACCUUGUGCAGCCAGAUGCCCAUGCCCGUCCACGUGGAGCAGGUCGCCAUCAACGUCCACUUCAGCAUCGACAGAAACAACUACCGCAAGACCGCCGAGUGGCUGACCAAGCACAAGACGUCCAAUGGGACCAUUAACUUUCCGCCAGAGACCUCGCCUCUCCCCGCACCGCAGAACGACUUACCCGCGCUGGAGUUGUAUGAGAUGUUUGAGAGAAGUCCUUCGGACAAUUCCUUGAACACAACGGGGAUUAUAUGCAGGAAUGUUCACAUGCUCCUGAGAAGGCAGGAGAGCAGCACUUCCCUAGAAACGUCCUCCGGUGUGGCUCUGGAGGACGGGGCCCAUGUGCUGAGAUGUAGCGGUGUGACUCUGGAACCGGGGGCCAAUAGGAUAACGUUCAAGACGCAGGCCAGGGAGCCCGGAACGUACACGCUGCGGCAGCUGUGCGCCUCGGUGGGCCCGGUGCGCUUCGUCCUCCCUCACCUGUACCCCCCGGUGCAGUACGACGUGUACUCGCAGGAGCCGCAACUGCGCGUCGAGCCGCUGGCCGAUAGCCUUCUGGCUGGUAUCCCUCAGAAGGUAAAGUUCACUGUCACCACUGGCCAUUAUACAGUAAAAAACGGGGACAGCCUGCAGCUCAGCAACGCGGAAGCCAUGCUCAUCCUGUGUCACGCAGAGAACAGAGCAGUGAUCUACUCCAACACGAGAGAAAAGGCUUCUGAUGCAUUGCUCCGGGUUCAGUCGUCUGACAAGGUCACAAGCAUCAGUCUGCCCGCUGCUCCUGCGUACCACAUGAUUGAAUUUGAACUGGAAGUUCUCUCUUUACCUUCAGCUCCAGUAACUGGAGGAGAGAGCAGCGUGCUGGGGAUGACAGAGUCCCACAGGAAGCAUAAGGACACACAGAAAGCCGGCCAGUGCAUGGCUACCACAGACCACAAAGUGUCCAUUGACUGCCCGUGGUCCAUCUACUCCACUGUCAUCGCCCUGACCUUCAGCGUGCCCUUCAGGACCACACACUCUCUUCUGUCCGCCGGGACACGGAAGUACAUUCAAGUUUGUGUCCAGAAUUUGUCGGAACUUGACUUUGAGCUGUCGGACGGUCACCUCGUGGAUCCUGACAGUAACGCCGACCUACGGCUGGUGCCGCUGAACGCGAAGUCCCCGCAGCACGUCCGCAGCAAGCAGUCAGUGUUCUUUGUGUGGGAGCUGAAGUGGACGCGCGCGCCUCCCCCUUCUCUGCGCUGCCGGUUCUCCGUUGGAUCCUCCCCGGCUUCGGGAGGACGGCUCUCCAUCCCCUUAAAGCCGUACACUUACGAAUUUCAAGUGGAAAAUUUUUUCGUACUGGUCGACAACAGUAGCAACUGGGCGGUGUGUGGGAAAAGUUCUGGCGUCAUCUCCAUGCCUGUGGCCGCCCGGGCCACUCACCGCGUCCACAUGGAGGUGAUGCCCCUCUUUGCGGGUUACCUGCCCCUUCCCGACGUCAGGCUCUUCAAAUACCUCCCCCACCACUCCGCGCACUCCUCGCAGCUGGACGCUGAUAGCUGGAUAGAGAGCGACGGGCUGUCGGUGGACAAGCACGUGGACGAGCAGCCGGACGGCGGCAGCGGCGGCAGGUGCAGGGGCAGCGCGCACCUGGCCUCCGGCGGCGAGCACAGGGGUUUGCCCAUGCCCCGGCUGCAGGCGCUGCCUCCCGGCCAGGUCUUCAACGCCAGCGUGGGCACGCAGGUGCUGGUCAUCCCCAGCAAAGACGACCACGUCCUCGAAGUCAGCGUCACAUGA